AUGAUAGAUUAUUUUAAAGCAUUUGAAGAGGAAUAUAUUCCUAUUGAUGUUUAAAAGGGUAUAUAGAUCUAUGGUGAAGAAUUGUUUAAUGUGAUUGUAGAUAAUUAUAUGUCUAUAUAAUUUGACAAGGAUUACAAAAGAAUUUAUGAAGGCCUUCUUAAUGAAGACUAUAAAACUUUAUAUAGUCCAAUAUUUAAUUUAAAAUGCUGUGUGGACUCUCUAUGUCUUCUCGUAUUAGGUAAUGUUUCUAUUUAAUUGUAAAUGUUCAUUUAAGAAAGAAUACCAGAUAUGCAUGGAAGAAUAAAACUGCCUUUCACUGAAGAGGAUAAAUAAAGAGUUUACAAAGAUUCUAUUUUUAUUUUAACAGAAUUGACAGCUUUUUUAAGAUAUUUUAGUAAAAAUUAUCCUGAUUUCUAAGAUAAAUAUAGUUUUAAAAACGCCAAGAAAAUCAUUGAUGACUGUUAUAAAUUUUACUUUAAGCGUUUCUCGAUUCCUUUUAAUGAUGAAUAAAAUAUUAAUACCAAUAGCAAUAAUAAUAACAACAAUAAUAUAAGCAAAAAUCUACAAUAUUAAGGUAGCUAGACAGAUAAAUUAUAAAAAUCAUAGCAAGUUGCUUCAGUGGGUAAUGAAAAUUCCUUGGCUAUUAAAGAAUCUUCAAUAAAAAAAUCUAUUAAAGAUAAAGAUGAAUAGAAAAAAAAUUCUAAAAAUACAUAAUCAGCUACAGCUGCACCAAUAAAAGAAGAAAAUAGCACUAUUGUUGCAGAUUCUGAAGAAAAAAAAGAAGAAUGA